AAAAUGGCGGACUGGUCGAGCUGUGAAAACUAGAUCGACGCGCUCUUUUUAUCAUUUCUGUACCUGGAUGUAAUCUGAUCCACAAUCGGAGGUUGAUGCAGGAUCGGAAAAAAAUGAGCCUCAAAAAGACUGCGUCAUUAAACUAAUUGCUGAAAACAAUGGACGAAGCAAAACAAAAGCCUGGUCCAUCAGACACCGCUACGGAUCAGCCUUAUAAUUUUAUGCAUCAUCGCUCUCCAGCAGCCAUCUCACCCCCAACACAGUCAAGAACAGCAAUGUAUCAAUCAUCACCAUCUCCACAGGGACAACCCUUUUCUCCCCAGGGGCAGAAUGUUCCCUCACCACUCUCUCCACAGCCAUCAACCCCUACCGGUCCUGAUCCAGUGCAUGACCUGCCGGAAGAGCUGCUGCAAAUGGGAUGGAGGAAAUUUUGGAGCAAGCGUGAGAGGCGGCCAUAUUACUAUAAUAAAAGGACAAAUGAAUCUAUGUGGGAUAUUCCACCGCUGAGUAGCCCUGGCUUUGUACAGAAUGAUCCCCUGGGUAUAAACACAGUUAAUCGUGAACAGCAGGAUAUAAGACUAUCCCGUAAUAGCCUUGAUAUUGGACAGAAGCGUAGGCUAUCUGAAGACCACGCUAUGGGUCCACCUGCCAAAAAACCAUCAAGUGGUGUACAGAUUCCAAUAGUUCCUAGUCAAUAUUGGGAUUUUGCUAUCAACACUAAUGCUCUGUUUAUGGAACGGAAACCCAUCAAUGUGUUACCUCCGCAACCAGAGAUAGAAUAUGAACGGUCAAAUAUCUGUAAUAGACUGCGGAUUAGUUAUGCAGAGUUAUGUAAAUCAAGAGAAGGUCUUGAUGCGCCAAAAGAGUCAUUCAACAGGUGGCUACUGGAAAGGAAAGUCAUUGAUAAGGGCAAUGACCCGUUGUUGCCUAGUGACUGUUCUCCUGUUGUCUCGCCUUCCAUGUAUCGUGAAAUUAUAAGUGACAUUCCAGUCAAGUUAUACCGACCUAAAUACGCAUCCGAGGCCAGAAAACAACUUUUCAGAUAUUCCGAAGCUGCUAAAAAAAGGAUUGAUUCAAGGAAUGUGUCAUCAGAAAGCAGAAAACUUGUCAAAUGGAAUGUGGAAGAUACGUUUAGUUGGCUACGAAGUCAACAACAGGCUUCAGUAGAAGAAUACCAGGAGCGUUUGGGACACCUGAAAGAACAAUGUGGACCACAUCUAACAGAUGCAGCUAAGCACUCUGUAGAGAGCAUUUGCAAAAAAAUGAACCAGAUGUCACGUGAUGCUGCUAAAAAAAUUAGUGAAAAACAUUGGGAGAUUUUGAGAGAACAUGGUAUUACUGAUGUGCCAUAUUAUAGAGAUCCACAACACAGAAAAGUACCAUGCUAUGCAGUGCAAUUGGCUGUUCCAUCACCACGGUUACCAAGAGUUGACUAUACUGUAGAAGGAGAGUUGACGUGUUUGAAAUACAAAGACCAAGUGUGUAAAGUAAAUUCAGCUCAUUUCCAGAAAUUAGAACAGUUAUAUAAAUUACAUUGCCUUGAUGAUCCAAGAUUUGAUAAUUUUCUUGGAAGAGCAUGGUGCUUGCUGAAAAGGUAUCAGACAAUGUUUGGUCUGCGCACCAACGAAGGCAGUGGUCUACAGGGGGCGCUACCAAUCCCUGUGUUUCAAGUAUUGAAUAGACACUUUGGAGUGACGUUUGAGUGUUUUGCAUCACCUUUAAAUUGUUAUUUCAAACAGUACUGUUCUGCGUUUAAUGAUGUGGAUAGUUACUUUGGAUCAAGGGGACCUGUUUUAGAUUUUUACCCUGUGAGUGGAUCAUUUGAAGCCAAUCCACCCUUUGGUGAAGAGUUGAUGGAAGCUAUGGUUGACCACUUUGAGUCAUUGCUGGAUAAAUCUACAGAUCCUUUGUCAUUUAUAGUAUUUAUUCCUGAAUGGAGAGAUCCACCGACUCCGGCAUUAGUUAGAAUGGAAGCCAGCAGGUUUAAGAGGAAGCAGUGUUUGAUACCAGCAUUAGAACAUGAAUAUCGCAGUGGAACUCAACAUACAUGUUCAAGUCACGAGCUUUACUACAGAGCAGUGCAUGGAACAUUGGCAUUCUUCCUACAGAAUGAUGCCGGCUUUGAGAAAUGGGGGCCAACGCCGGACAGAGUAAAAGCACUCCUUGACGCCUUCAUUCCUGUAGGUAAUGAAGUUGGUCAAAAUAGCGGUCACAGGGAAAGUGGCGGUCAUAAUAACAGUACAGGAAACCACACUAAGAGUAGUAGCAGUAGUAGUGAUGUGUCCGCUGUCAGCAGAUAAACUCUAUCCCCAUUUUCAUGUAUCAUGCCAACUUUAUGUGCUGAGCCGUAGCUCAAUACUCAUGCCAUAGCGUCCUCUAGUGUUGUCACUUGCCUAGCUUUAAAUUUGUACAUACAUUGCAGAAGAAGGUGUUCUGUUGGCGAGGGUCAAACCAUUUGGAUCAGGGGUGUCUGACCAAUUAUUGGGGGGUAAAUUUUCUUUGGUUUGUCUUGUCUUCAUCUAUUGCAACACUUUGAUAUAAAUUCUAUAUAGGGAAAAAUAUGCCUCUAGGUUCCCCUCUAGCAACCCUACCCACCCCUUAUGUAUGGAAUAGUUCAUUCUGAUGAAACAAAGUUAGAACAUGGAGUAAGCUUGUACUCCAGUGGAUUUGUAAAUAAAAAUAACUGCCCAUCGCGUAAUUUUGAUACAAAAGUGUGUCACAAGAUAUGUUUGAAAAAUUUUUUAUAUUUGCAAUAAGUCUAAUUGAGCCACUCAUGCAUUACUGUCUCCGAUAAUCAACCUUGUCUUAAUCUUUCAACUAGGCAUACCCUAGGAUUAGCAAUUUUCAGAAUUUUUUUUUUUUUUUUAUGAAGUUUCAUUUAUGGUCAAGUUUUAUCAUUAGCCAAUGUAUGGUUUUUAAAGAUUUUAGCACAAAAAAAAAAGAGAGAAACUUACGAUAUAUAUAGAUUUUUAUUUUGUAUUUUCGGUUUUUGCCAAGUUUAGUAUUAAUUUGUUGGGGUUUUAUAUUAUAUACAUCUUUUAAACUUUGUGAAAAGAUCUUGGUGGAUUUCUCUUCAUGUGCUUGUAUAUUUUGCUUUGAGACUAUUAAUCCAACGUUUAUCACGGUUACAUUUGGGAGAUAAAAGUCGUUAUGUAAUGAAUAUUACACUUAGUGAGCACCAGUCAGCUUCAGUGUCUUAGCCCAAAUGUCUUUUUAAUAACUAGAAAACGUGUUUGAAACUUUUUAACCUUAUGAGUAUUGUCUCGUUUUGGCACUAUGCUACAAAUGAUGUUGUUUAGUCUGUUUCUCCCCCACAUAAAAACGUUUAUAAAAAUUGACAAACCUUUUCAUCAAAAACUAAAAAUCAACAUCUGAAACUGUCUGGUCUUAAAAAAAUGAUGAAAUUUAGUGACAAAUAUAAGGAAAUGUCACCCGGAGGAUUAACUGAAAGCUGUAAACCAAAACAAAAAAUACAAAGCUGAUGUGAUAAAAAAAAAGUUUAAAACUUAAACAGAAAAAAAACUUUCAAUAUAAAUCAACAAAUAAUUCACAGUAAUUACUGUGCAUGUAAUCAAAGAUUAAACUAAGAUAGCAACAAUGACUGAUGUUUUCUAAUUUCAUUUAUUUAUUUUCCUAAUGUUAGAUUGUUGCUUAUCCAUUAUACUAUAUCAUAUCACAAUUGUUAAUGUACUACAUAGACAGUCAAAUUUUAUUCAUGAUUCAUUCAUAAAAUUCUUGUGUUUUAAUCACACACACACACACACACACACACACACACACACACAGUGUGUUUUGUCAUUGAACUCCUAGCAGGUAUUGUGCCCACAGAUAUUAACAUUUAUUCUGCAUAGAUUAUGAUUGAUAAGACACACCCGAAUCCACUAUUUUCUGUCACAAUCCCUGCCAUGGAGGAGAGAGUACGACUAAUGUUUUAUUAAGUUUAACAGAAGUAAGUUAAAACAUUUUAUCUUGAAAGUGACUAUUUUUGUAAAUUAUGUGUGUAGCUAUGUACGUAUUCAAAUAUCUAUUGUAUCUCAAGGUGUGUAUGUAAGUGUUAUUUGCUUAUAGUAAAAUUUUUCUCUUUUU